AAUUUAUUUGCUGUGGCCUAACAUCGUGAGUGCGGCCAGUUGAGUCAGAUAAUUAAAGGCGAGGCCACACGUCAGGACGCGCGUUCACAUCGCAUAUCUGCGCGCGCUCCGCUCUCCGAGUAUCAGUUGGCGACUGCGACAGUGCGCCUCAGCACGUAGUGACUCCCUUGUCAGUCGAAGAAAUCACAGUUUUAGAUUGAGCCGCGGACUUUUGCCACUUUUGAGAACAGCCAGGUGUAGAGUUGGGCGCACAACAUGAAGGCUGUCCUCGGGUUCGUCAUUGUCAUUCUGGUGGCGCAUGUGUGUUCAGCCACUUCAGACUGUCAACUCCAAAACCCGACCUUCCAGACGGACGAUUUUUAUGUCUACAACGGUAUUUGCCAUUGGUUCUCCGUGAACAUGGCCUGGUCUAACUACACGGGUGCUAGGACGUUCUGCAGCCGUCGCGGCGCCAGGCUUGUUACGAUCAAGGACUCUGCCAAACAGCGGUGGCUUGAGAGUCUCUUUACCACCAACAGCUUGCCGAGAAGAAACUUUUGGAUUGGAUUGGACGACCUUGACGAGAAAAAUUUCAAGUGGAGCGACGGUUCGGCUUUCGACGUCGCCAACGACUACAACAACUGGUACAAGCCACUGAAACAUCACAAGCUCAGGGACUGCGCUCUGCUCCACCGCGUGGGCAAGAAGUGGGUUCUGGUCAGCUGCAGGAGACGGUUCCGCUACAUCUGUGAAAUACCUUAAACACAUGGCCUGAUCCACUGCCGACGCUGAAGACGACAUGCAUCGGCUGAGCAGACAGUUUCUUCCGCGCAAACAACACUUUCUUCAUCACCUGCACCAAAGUACUGCGGGCUAAAUGUAUGCAAAUUGCUUGAGUUUGAAGUCUUGUAUUUAGUCAUCAAUACACUGGUGUAAGAUGAGAGAAAAUGCAUUUAAAGCAAUGUGGCAAUGCUUCAAUAUACAGUUGAGCUUAAAACAAACUCAUCUUACUGCUUCCUCUUUCCAGUCCGACAGGAAUGAAUAAAUGAAUGGAAUGAAUAAAAUCAACGAAAAAAA